AUGUCAAGGUCUCAUUUUUCCACGCGUUUAAUAGAUGAUGAAUGUCGCUCCAUUAUCUUCAAAGAACCAGUGCAAGACAAGGUCAUAAAAGGCCACUUAAUCCGGGCUGUGGAGGUACCCAACCGGGGGAGCUGUGACGUGAUGUGUUAUAUGGAGCCCAGCUGUGUGUCCAUAAAUAUAGGACCAUCUCCUCAAGCAGGGACAUACAUUUGUGAGUUGAAUAAUGCCACGGAUGACAACAAAGGCUCACGUGUUUUACAGAGUAAAAAGGAUUACAUUUAUCUUGGUAUUGAGGUAAAGUACUUGAUGUACCUAAUGAACAAUCCCUCUUUCAAAUUGUGUGCAUUCAGAGUCAAAACAGAAGUUUGCUUAUGACGCUAGCUUUGUUUCUCAGAGGUCAUCCAUGGCAGGUCAUUACAUUGUAAAUUAGCGUAUGAAUUCAAAAAACAAACCAGAGAAUGCUAAUAUCAAUUUCCUAGAUGCCUGGGAAGUUUUGCUUUCACUUAAAGAAAACUGUAUUAUAAAGACUGAUCAUUAUUUGAUGCCUGAGGGGUGGGGGGUGGAGGAUUUAAGAAGAUCACAUGGUUUUCAGAGGGGACGGGAGCUCCUAAACAAAAAUUUAAUACUAAUCAAAUAAUAAUCAAAAAAUCAAAAACCAUCAAAUUCAAUUUUCUUUUGAAAAGAAUCCCUGCAGCAGCAGUCCCUGUUUCAACAAUGGCACAUGUCAAGCUGGUUACACUAGUAAAGGAUUUCGUUGUAAAUGUCCUACUGGAUUCACUGGCGCAUUUUGCAAAGAAGGUAAACCAAAAAAAAAAAAAAUAAUAAAUGGGUUGGUGGGAAGUAUACGUUAGAUAAUUGCUUCUAUUUUGUCUCAGCCUGCAGUUUUAACUUUGAAGACGGCAUCGGUGGGUGGGUGAAGUCAGGCACAGCUUUUGAUAACCAACCAACAUUUGGUGACAAUCCAAAGGAACGCAAAAGAGAAAGCGCCAGACAACAGGGGAAUUGGUGGAUAGGGGGAGCUGAACUUCGACCAAAGGAAAGCGCACCUCCUGGAAAACAACCACCGGAUGCGGAUUUACCCCAAGGCACUCUAACUUCCCCCUGCUUUCAGAUCGUUGGCUAUAACAUCUCGUUUCUUAUUGGUGGGGGCUGCGAGAUAAAUAAAAUCCGCGCGGAACUUAUUGUUAACAACAAGGUAGGAAUCUCUAAUUGCAUUAUGCGUUGCAAUAUUUCCCUUCCUGUUUUUUUUUCUUUGGCAACACCGAAAUGCAAAGCUAAUAUACAACUAUAGUAUGGAGGCAUGAAACGUGCGGCGAUCCUUCAGUUACGCCCCGUAUUCUACAGAGGUUCAACCGCCGGUUAUUUUCAGUCGAGUCUUGGUGCCUCCCCUGUCGCUCAUUCGCAAUAAGUUAUCACCAAUCAAUGUCCCUUCUAGAACGCAGCAAAACUUCUUAGCAAUUGCCCGCCGCAAGAAUCAAACCUCCUAUAUAUUUUCCGACUUAAGAAUGCAUUGCAAUACAAAAAGGGUGAAAAUGACAAUGACGAGGACGGUGACGAUGACGAUAAUAACAAAAACAAAAACAAAAAAUGAUAUAAAACAUAAUUUUGAAACAAUAGAACAUAAUGGAGCAAAAACUUUUGUUUUUCUGUUCCCCUUUCUUACAAAUAUCAUUAUAUCUGUUGAAAGAGACAAAAGAGUACUAAGCCACUUAAUCCAGAGACUCCUUAGAGACCAUAACUUUAUUCUGUCGCUAAAGUUUUAAACCUUUUUCAAUCGUUCGUUGUUAGGUUGUGAGAACUAAGACGGGAAACUGUUCGGAGACGAUGUACCGUAAGAGCUGGGACGUUGAGGAGUUCAUUGGUCAAUACGCUCAAGUCAGACUAGUUGACGAGAAAUCAGCUGACUGGGCUCACAUUAACUUUGAUGACCUCAGAGGGGAUGUCAUUUGUCCACCUGUCUGA